AUGGCGGGGCGGGCGGAGGCGGCAGCCCGGGCGGCGGGAGCGGUGCCGGAGGGGGAGGGGGAGAGGGAAGAGCCCGUGCCCGGGAGGCGGGCCCGAGAGCCAGGGGACCCGAGCCAGGACGCAGUCAGGGGACCCGAGAGCACCUCCGAGCGUCCGCCCAGCCUCAGCCGCCCCUGGGAGGCGGCCGAGAGUUCCUCGGAGAAAUGGGGUUUUGUAAGCCUGCAGGCUGACAAUGACUUCAGCGGGGACCUGUCAUCGCUGACGUCGGUCAGGCGGCCUCGGCCAAUCAGCGGCCGCCUCGAUUGUUUAGCUCUCGGGGUUGGAGCCCGACUCUCUGAAGCUCUAUUCAGCGGCCUCCCAGCGUCCCGCUGCUGCUUCUCAAAGUUUUGGGGGAGCCCAGUAAUGGACUCUGCGGCGCUCUCCAAACGGACCACGGCGCCGAAAUUAGUAGGCUUGGCAGGGGCUCCUCCUCACCCCCAUCCCUGCCAUCACCACUCCCCUCCGAGCAUGACAGGCUUCGCCGGGCAUCCCCACGCCAUGGUUCCCACGCACCCCGGGGAGCCGGCGGCGGAGUCCCGCCAGGGGCUGAGCCCAUUCCGGUCAGAACACAUGGGGCACCUCUACCACCACCUCCACCACCGCCACUGCCCUCCUCAUCACCAGCACCCCGGGGCAGGCCGGGCUGCGGGGGUGCACAGUCCGACCGAAGCAUGUGGCCCGAGGCAGUCCACCGCCGUCCCUUAUGCGGUCCCUCACCCGAGCCAAGCUCUUCCCGCAGGUAGGGACUUUUUCCUGCGCAGAGAUCUGACGGCCCCCGUCAUGCCAGGGCUCCCCUACCCACAAUCAGCUGCCACGCGUUCUCAUCACGGCAUGUUUGUCUCAACAACAGGUAGCUACCCGGGACACCAUGCUCACCACCACCACCAUCACCACCACCACCACCACUCAGAAGCCGGGACUCCCUCGCUUUUUACUGGUCUGCACCAUGAGCAACCUCCCCAUGCAACUCCAGGUGGCCAUCUAAACGGACAAAUAAGACUGGGGCUACCUGGAGAAAUGUACGCCAGGUCUGAGCCUUUCACUCCCGUGCCAGCCUCCAGGACAGACCCUUUCGCCGCUUCUUCCUUCCACGGCUACGGUGGCAUGAACCUGAACGUCAAUCUGGCCCCCCACCACGGCCCGGGGGCUUUCUUCCGCUACAUGAGGCAGCCCAUCAAGCAAGAGCUGAUCUGCAAGUGGAUCGAACUGGAUCAGACGCCCAAGACAUUGUGCUCGAAAACUUUUACCACCAUGCACGAGCUGGUGACUCACGUCACGGUGGAGCACGUCGGCGGGCCCGAGCAGUCCAACCACAUCUGCUUCUGGGAAGAGUGUCCCCGCGAGGGGAAGCCCUUCAAGGCCAAAUACAAACUGGUCAACCACAUCCGAGUCCACACCGGCGAGAAGCCCUUUCCCUGCCCGUUCCCGGGAUGCGGGAAAGUCUUCGCGCGCUCCGAGAAUCUCAAAAUCCACAAAAGGACGCACACAGGCGAGAAGCCCUUCAAAUGCGAGUUCGAAGGCUGCGAGCGGCGCUUCGCCAACAGCAGCGACCGGAAGAAGCAUUCCCACGUGCACACCAGCGACAAGCCCUACAACUGCAAAGUGCGAGGCUGCGACAAGUCUUACACGCACCCCAGCUCCCUGCGGAAGCACAUGAAGGUCCACUGCAAGUCCCCUCCGCCCAGCUCGGGCUACGAGUCGUCCACCCCCUCGCUGGUGUCGCCCUCGUCGGACUGCGGCCGGGACCCCCCUCAGCCGCCGCCGCCGCCGCCGCAGGCCGCGGCGAACCUGAGCGAAUGGUACGUGUGUCAGAGCUCAGGGGCCAGCGGCAUCCCGACGCCACCCAGUAACUCUCCGUCGCCUCGCCCGGGAGAGGCCGCGUACACGAACUGCGAGGAGGAGCAGCCCCGGCCCCCUUAUUAG